CCGAGGCUUUAAACAGCGGGCCCGCCCCGCAGCCGCCUCACUCGCGCGCUGAGUCGGCGGCGGGCGCUGUUCGCGCGGGUCCGGGCUAGCAUCGGCGAGCGGGCCGCGGGGAGGGCGACUCAACUACUUGGCGUCGCGGCCGCGGGCACCGCUGGCCGGGGGCGCGGAGGGCGUGCAGUUCGCAGCGUCCGCCAGGCUCUCCGGGUCCGCCCGGGGUCGGGCGGAGAUGGAGCCGGGGCCCACGGAGUCCUCCUCCGGCGCCUCGAGGCUGGUGGGGGUCGGGGAGACACCGCCAGCAGCCGGGAUGGACCUGCCCGGCACGGCCGUGCCUUUGGUGCCGGAGGAUGCUGCGGCCGCGAGCCGGGGCGGCGGCGGGGUCCGCGGUGAGGGCGCCGCAGCGGCCGGGGACGUGCUGGGAAGACCCCUGGGGCCCACCCCGAGCCAGAGCCGCUUCCAGGUGGACCUGGUUUCCGAGAACGCCGGGCGGGCUGCUGCUGCUGCUGCGGCGGCGGCGGCGGCUGGUGCAGCGGCGGGGGUCAGGGAGACCCCCGCGGAAGGGAAAACCAGCGGCGACAGCGGGCCGACUAAGGGCAGCGAGGAAGCCAAGGGCCGCUUUCGCGUAAACUUCGUGGACCCGGCUGCCUCUUCUUCUGCAGACGAGAGCCUGUCGGAUGCGGCGGGGGUCGGAGGCGACGGGCCCAACGUGAGCUUCCAGAACGGCGGAGACACGGUACUGAGCGAAGGCAGCAGCCUGCACUCGGGCGGCGGCGGCGGCGGCAGCGGGCACCACCAGUACUACUAUUAUGACACCCACACCAACACUUACUACCUGCGCACCUUCGGCCACAACACCAUGGACGCCGUGCCCAGGAUCGAUCACUACCGGCACACAGCUGCGCAGCUGGGCGAGAAGCUGCUCCGGCCCAGCCUGGCGGAGCUGCACGAUGAGCUCGAAAAGGAACCUUUUGAGGAUGGCUUUGCAAACGGGGAAGAGAGUACUCCAACCAGAGAUGCUGUGGUCACAUAUACUGCGGAAAGCAAAGGAGUUGUGAAGUUUGGCUGGAUCAAGGGUGUAUUAGUACGUUGUAUGUUAAAUAUUUGGGGUGUGAUGCUCUUCAUUAGACUAUCUUGGAUUGUGGGUCAAGCUGGAAUAGGUCUGUCCGUCCUUGUAAUAAUGAUGGCCACUAUUGUGACAACUAUCACGGGAUUAUCUACUUCAGCAAUAGCUACUAAUGGAUUUGUACGAGGAGGAGGAGCGUAUUAUUUAAUAUCUAGAAGUCUAGGGCCGGAAUUUGGUGGUGCAAUUGGCCUGAUCUUUGCUUUUGCCAAUGCUGUUGCAGUCGCUAUGUAUGUGGUGGGGUUUGCAGAAACUGUGGUGGACUUGCUGAAGGAACAUUCCAUACUUAUGAUAGAUGAAAUCAAUGAUAUCCGAAUUAUUGGCGCCAUUACAGUGGUGAUCCUUUUAGGUAUCUCAUUAGCUGGAAUGGAGUGGGAAGCAAAAGCUCAGAUUGUUCUCCUGGUGAUUCUCUUGCUUGCUGUUGCUGAUUUCAUCAUAGGAACAUUUAUCCCACUGGAGACCAAGAAGCCCAAAGGUUUCUUUGGUUAUAAAUCUGAAAUAUUUAGUGAAAAUUUUGGACCAGAUUUUCGAGAGGAAGAGACUUUCUUUUCUGUAUUUGCCAUCUUUUUUCCUGCUGCAACUGGUAUUCUGGCCGGAGCAAAUAUCUCAGGUGAUCUUGCAGAUCCUCAGUCAGCCAUACCCAAAGGAACACUCUUAGCCAUUUUAAUUACUACGGUGGUUUACAUAGGAAUUGCAGUAUCUGUAGGUGCUUGUGUUGUUCGGGAUGCCACGGGGAACGUUAACGACACUAUUGUAACAGAGCUAACAAACUGUACUUCUGCAGCCUGCCAAUUAAAGUUUGACUUUUCAUCUUGUGAAAUCAGUCCUUGUUCCUAUGGCCUAAUGAACAACUUCCAGGUGAUGAGUAUGGUGUCAGGAUUUGCACCAUUAAUUUCUGCAGGUAUCUUUUCAGCAACUCUUUCUUCUGCAUUAGCAUCCCUUGUGAGUGCUCCCAAAAUAUUUCAGGCUCUAUGCAAGGACAACAUCUAUCCAGCUUUCCAGAUGUUUGCUAAAGGUUAUGGGAAAAAUAAUGAACCUCUUCGUGGCUACAUCUUAACAUUCUUAAUUGCACUUGGCUUCAUCUUAAUUGCUGAACUGAAUGUUAUUGCACCAAUUAUCUCCAACUUCUUCCUUGCAUCAUAUGCACUGAUCAAUUUCUCAGUAUUCCAUGCAUCACUUGCAAAAUCUCCAGGAUGGCGCCCUGCAUUCAAAUACUACAAUAUGUGGAUAUCACUUAUUGGAGCAAUACUCUGUUGCAUAGUGAUGUUUGUCAUCAACUGGUGGGCUGCACUGCUGACAUAUGUGAUUGUCCUUGGGCUGUAUAUUUAUGUUACUUACAAAAAACCAGAUGUGAACUGGGGAUCCUCUACACAAGCCCUCACUUACCUGAACGCACUGCAGCAUUCAAUUCGUCUUUCAGGAGUGGAAGACCAUGUGAAAAACUUUAGGCCACAGUGUCUUGUUAUGACAGGUGCUCCAAACUCACGCCCAGCUUUACUUCAUCUUGUUCAUGAUUUCACAAAAAAUGUUGGUUUGAUGAUCUGUGGUCAUGUACAUAUGGGCCCUCGAAGACAAGCCAUGAAAGAGAUGUCCAUUGAUCAAGCCAAGUAUCAGCGAUGGCUCAUUAAAAACAAAAUGAAGGGUUUUUAUGCUCCAGUACAUGCAGAUGACUUGAGAGAAGGUGCACAGUAUUUGAUGCAGGCUGCUGGUCUUGGGCGUAUGAAACCAAAUACACUUGUCCUUGGAUUUAAGAAAGAUUGGUUGCAAGCAGAUAUGCGGGAUGUGGACAUGUAUAUAAACUUAUUUCAUGAUGCCUUUGACAUACAAUAUGGAGUAGUGGUUAUCCGCCUGAAAGAGGGUCUGGAUAUAUCUCAUCUUCAAGGACAAGAAGAAUUACUGUCAUCACAAGAAAAAUCUCCUGGUGUCAAGGAUGUGGUACUAAGUAUGGAGUAUAGUAAAAAAUCGGAUUUAGAUACUUCCAAACCAUCUGGUGAAAAAAGCAUUACACAUAAAGAUGAGGAAGAGGAUGGCAAGACUCCAACUCAACCACUGUUGAAAAAAGAGCUCAAAGGCCCUGCUGCACCUUUAAAUGUAGCUGACCAGAAGCUCCUUGAAGCCAGCACACAGUUUCAGAAAAAACAAGGAAAGAGUACUAUUGAUGUUUGGUGGCUUUUUGAUGAUGGAGGUUUGACCUUAUUGAUACCUUAUCUUCUGACUACAAAGAAAAAGUGGAAAGACUGUAAGAUCAGAGUAUUCAUUGGUGGAAAAAUAAACAGAAUAGACCAUGACCGGAGAGCGAUGGCUACUUUGCUUAGCAAGUUUCGGAUAGACUUCUCUGAUAUCAUGGUCCUAGGAGAUAUUAAUACUAAACCAAAGAAAGAAAAUAUUGUAGUUUUUGAUGAAAUGAUUGAGCCAUACAGACUUCACGAAGAUGAUAAAGAACAAGAUGUUGCAGAUAAAAUGAAAGAAGACGAACCAUGGCGAAUAACAGAUAAUGAGCUUGAACUUUAUAAGACCAAGACACACCGGCAGAUCAGGUUAAAUGAAUUAUUAAAGGAACAUUCAAGCACAGCUAAUAUCAUUGUCAUGAGUCUCCCAGUCGCACGGAAAGGCGCCGUGUCCAGUGCUCUCUACAUGGCAUGGUUAGAAGCUCUCUCUAAGGACCUGCCACCAGUUCUCCUGGUCCGUGGGAAUCAUCAGAGUGUCCUUACCUUCUAUUCUUAAACGUUCUGCGCAGUGGGCAGCUCUCCAGAUGGUACUUCAGUGCCUAGUGAAGUAACUGAAAUCUUCAGUGACAUGUUAACAUCACAAUGGCAAACUGUGACUUUUCUUUCACUAUUUAAUUAAUUCGAAAGCACACGGAGAAGUCGCUCCGUUGAUAUGGGUGUGGAGACUUCAGUUUUAGUCAAUUCUGUAUCUCAAUCUUAAUGAACGAUGAUUCCUUGUUGGACUGAAGCUCACGAGAGUAAAAUUUACCUUUGCUACUUGAAAAGCAAUAAAAGUAUGUUAUUUUUUGAUUGAUGAAAGGAGUACAAAAAGCCUUUAGCCUUGAGGUGCCUUCUGAAAUUAACCAAAUUUCAUCCAUAUAUCCUCUUUUAUAAAUUUAUAGAAUGUCAAAUUUUGCCUUCAGCUUUUACUUUUAUUUCUAUUCUCUUUUACCUUGAAAUGGACACUGCUUUUCUUCCAUUGACCAAUUAGUGUUGAGUACUGUAUGUUUUCUAUUACUUUUAUAAAAGUAUCUGUUAGGUAUAAAGGUGAGAAUUAGAGCAAGGUAAUGAAAAAUGCAAAAAAAAAAAAUAGGAACCAAAAGUGACCCCAAGGUUAGGUUUGUAUAUGUAUAAAUGUAGAUCUAGGGAAAGAAAGGCCCAAUAAACUUUUUUUUUAACCUCUAAUUGGCUCUUAUUUGUAUCCUUAUUUGAUUAUUAAUUUCUUGAAACCUUAGGAAAGGUCAAAGAUUUAUCCAGUACUUCUGUAUACUGUGCUAAAAAAUCACAUACUGUCAUUCUUCAGACAAAAAUCCUCACAAUUGUUAUAUUCAUUAGAAGAAAGAUCUCUCAUAAUUGAGAGUUUUCCUUAAAUCUGAGUGACUUUUAAAUGCUAAAAGGCCUUUCUGGAGAAAAAUAAGACAAAGCAAUGUCAUUUAAUAGAAUAUUUCAAUAAACACUACAUGGAAUUUCACUGUACCAUUAAAUGUUUCAAUGUCAAAUGUCAAACAUUUAAUGUAUCAUUAAAAUGUUUAAUGCUUCAUCAAAUGGUUAAAUGGACCACUGGUUUCUUAGUGAAAUGUUUUUGGGCUUAAUUCUGUCAAUUGUCAAAUAUUCUUAGUCUUAAUUAAUAUACUCAGGUUUGAACAGAUUAUUCUGAACAUUUAAAAUUAAUCCAUUCUUAAUACUUUAAAACUUUUGUGUUAAGAAAAACUGCCAGUUUAUGCUUUUGAAAUGUCUGUUUUGACAUUGUAGUCUGAUAGUACAAUUUUGACAGUGCAUAUGUACUGUUACUAAAAGCUUUAUAUACAGUUAUUAAUGUGAAUUUUUUCAUUUUUUAUUCAAGGAAGGAUUUCCUAAAAACAUUUCAAGGGAUAUACAUACAUGUGUGUGUAUAUGUAUAUGCAUACAUAUAUGUAUAUAUAAUGACAUUUAUGUUGCUGGUUUUUUGCAUUUUUUAAAGUGAUCAAAAUUCAUUAGAUGAAAUUUUUUUUGUUUUAGUAAACAUAAGCUCAAAAUUAGAUUGAAAGACAAGUUUCAUGGAGAACAAAGGUGAUUCUUUGAAGAGCAUGUAAAUUCACAGAAUUAUCCUUUGAUUAGAAAGUGGAGAGCAUUUUAUCUGAAGUGCUGUUCAGUAAGUUUAUUAGUACAAGUUUCAGUGGGGAGAAAUUUAUGCAGGUUUUCAUGAAUCUUUAUAAAAAUCUAUGAAGUCAUUGUCAGUGCAGUGUUUCUGCUGCAAGAGUAUGAACUAAAUUCAUACACAAAAUGAAGAUCUGAUAAUUUUGAAUUGAAAAUGUUAAAAUGAAGCAAUUGUUUUUCAAAACUUUUUUCCUGCAUCAUAACUGACAGCAUUGUUCCAUUUAUUGCAGGUUUUGUAAUGUUUUGGGGGAAAGAAAGUAGAAAUGUCAUACUAUUCAGUAAACAAUGUCAUGUUGUAACUUCUUGAAUGGAUAAUAGGGCGUAAACUGAGUGCUGCUAUCUUGAAAUGUGCACAGGUACACUUAUUUUUUUUUUUUCAAGUUUUUCCCAUUCAGGAAAACAUGAUUGUGAUCGUACUACAGGAACCAAAUGUCAUACGUCAUACAUAUGUGUAUAAAGUACAUAAAAUAUAUCUAAAUAUGCAUAUUGUGGGGAGGGUGAUAUUGUCUGUGAAAUAAUGUAAGAAGCUUUUCAUCUUAAAAAGAAAAAAAAGCAUUACUUUCACUUUACACUGGACACCAGGUCAAAAUUUUCCAGGUUGUUGGAUUCUCAUAAAUUUCAACAAUUCUAAGCGAUGCUUGCUAGUGUUGAAGCUUUUCUACUCUAUUUUAUUUAUGCUGAAUUUGAUUAUUUUAAUGCCAAAUUUUUUUUAGAUCUGAUCAUUAGUGGUAACUUGGAAAUAAAUAAUUGUGCAACGGCACUUGGCAGUUCAUUAUUCCUGUAGGUAAAAAUUCAAUGGGCUUAGAAUGGUGGUGUUAAGCUGAUAAUUAAUGGUUAAUUAAAUGAAAUAUUUAUUUGUUACAUUAUUUCAUUUGUACUUUAGGUUUCCUUUUACAUUCUUUUUAUAUGCUUUCUGACAUUACAUAUUUUUAAAGACUAUGGAAAUAAUUUAAAGAUUUGAGCUCUGGUGGAUGUUUAUCUACUAAGUUUGAAAAUGUAAUAUUUUGAUAAUACUGUACUAUAACUGUCCCACAAAUGCUUUUCUAAUGUUUUAACGUUGAGUAUUGCAGUCGCUGCUUUGUACAAAGGUUACUGCAAUAAAGGAAGUGGAUUCAUUAAAACUA